CUUACCAACUCCAACAAGUAGUGUAGGAAGGAAAACCAGAGAGGGAGGAGAGAGUUGAAGGCUCUGCAACUGCUACAAUGUUGAAGACGAAGAUGGUGUUCUUCUUUCAUCUUCUAUUUCUCCUUUCUUUUGGUGUUUCUGGUGAAAGGCAAGACUCCAUUGUUUCUGUAAAAUCUGGAGAUCUCAGUGAGGUUGCAAGCAGCAUUUUAAAGGCAGAAACUUGGCUCAAAACCCACGUCCUUGCUCACUACCCUUCCGCCCCCAUCACCGCCAUUGUCGUCGGCGGCGUUGGCGGCGUCCCUCUUCUUCUCUGCCGGAAAGAGCAAGAACACACUCUCACUCUCAUCCUCCCGGCCGUCAAGAACUUGCACCACUCCCUCACACGGUGGGGCCUCCAGGAACACAUCAAACUCUCACCCGCCUUCGCUCCUUCUUGUUUCGUCAGAAGCUCCUAUAUCUUUGGGAAAUUUGUGAGGCCUGUCCUAGAUUUUCUCAAGGGAGCAUCUCAAACUGUCUCUCCAACGUUGGUGUCUUCUCACUCCGAAAGCCUUGAGGACUUUAUCGGCGUUAGCUUUAACUUUGACGAUUAUACUGUCGUUCUUGACAACCCCGGAGAGAGAAAACCCAGCGGCAGAAAGCUCUCUGCGGACCCCUUUCCAGCGAGACCGAAGCCAUUGCCUAAAAUUUCAGAAACCCCACUUCACUCCACUGUUGGUCUCUCUGUUCCCGCCAAUGUGGCUAAAAAUCCUCAUCCUCCAUUGCCCCAAACUGCCUCUCCGCCGCUCCAAGUUCCUUCGCCACAACCCCAAAGUGCCGUCUCUCCGCCACCACUCCUGCCUUCCCCAGAGGCACAAACAGCCUCUCCACCACCACCCCAGAUAGCUUCUCCACCAGAUACGGGGUUCUCCUCAGCCCCAGAAAACCCUCCUUUUGUUGAUGAUUCCCCUCCGCCGUCCCCUGCCACAAUUCCACCCUGCAGGCCGACACACGUGCCACCUCCUGCCCCAGCCCCUCAGACUGCAGUGCACAACAAGCUGUGGUGUGUGGCCAAGCCCACUGUUCCUUCAGACACUCUGCAGGUGGCAAUGGACUACGCCUGCGGAGACGGCGGUGCUGACUGCUCGGAGAUCAUGUCGGAUGGCAACUGCUACAGCCCUGAUUCUGUUGUGGCACAUGCUUCCUACGCCUUCAACAGCUACUGGCAGAAGAACAAGAAGACCGGAGGGACUUGCAGCUUCGAUGGCACUGCAAUGUUGAUUAACAAUGAUCCAAGUUAUCUUCAGUGUCGAUUCAUUCUCACCUGAAUGCAGUCGGAGCGGAAACUGAGACCGGUGGCUCUUCUUCUACGAUGGGAAAUCAGAUUCUGAGGUGAUCUUGUAGUUUUUCAGCCAUUAGUUUAUGUUACUAGUUUAGUUCCAAGUAAUAUCUGGUUUCUUUUGAUAUGUAAUCCUGCUCCUCUUGCUAUAACCAGAGAGAUUCAGCUUACA